CGCCCCCGGCGGAGGGCCCUGGGCUAUAAGGACGGGAGGCCCGGCGAGACGAGCAGGGUCCGCUGAGCGCCCGGCGCGCCGAGUUCCGAGGGUCCGCCGCGCGCAGAGCCCAGAGCUGCGAGGGCACACGCAGCAGCCGCCAUGUGCGGAAUUUUUGCCUACAUGAACUACAGAGUCCCCCGGACGAGGAAGGAGAUUUUUGAAACCCUCAUCAGGGGCCUACAGCGGCUUGAGUACAGAGGCUAUGACUCGGCAGGUGUGGCAAUUGAUGGAAAUAAUAAUGAAGUUAAAGAAAGGCAUAUCCAGCUUGUCAAGACGAAAGGAAAUGUCAAGGCUCUUGAUGAAGAACUUUACAAACAAGACAAUAUGGACUUAAAGGUGGAGUUUGAGACUCACUUUGGCAUCGCUCACACACGCUGGGCAACCCAUGGGGUCCCCAAUGCUGUCAACAGCCACCCGCAGCGCUCAGACAAAGCCAACGGAUCCAGAGGGGUGGCAAGCCCUGCCUGGCCUCUGGAUGAUCUGACCCCCAGGUGUCCACAGGAAAACAAUGACAUGUCCACGAGCACUGCUGGCUUUUGGGACCGUGCCAAAAGGGACUUGGUGACAAAAGAAUUUGUUGUCAUCCAUAAUGGGAUCAUCACCAAUUACAAAGACCUGAGGAAAUUUCUGGAAAGCAAAGGCUACGAGUUUGAGUCAGAAACAGAUACGGAGACCAUUGCCAAGCUGAUUAAAUACGUGUUUGACAACAGAGAAACUGAGGACAUUACGUUUUCAACACUGGUCGAGAGAGUCAUCCAGCAGUUGGAAGGUGCGUUCGCAUUGGUUUUCAAGAGCAUCCACUACCCAGGAGAGGCGGUUGCCACAAGGAGAGGCAGCCCCCUGCUCAUUGGAGUGCGGAGCAAAUAUAAACUCUCCACAGAACAGAUCCCCAUCUUGUAUAGGACGCGCAAUUUUGAGAAUGUGAAGAAUAUCUGUAAGACAAGGAUGAAGAGACUGGACAGCUCGACCUGCCUUCAUGCCGUAGGUGAUAAAGCAGUGGAAUUCUUCUUUGCUUCAGAUGCAAGUGCUAUCAUAGAACACACCAAUCGGGUCAUUUUCCUCGAGGACGAUGACAUCGCUGCAGUGGCUGAUGGGAAACUCUCCAUCCACCGGGUCAAGCGUUUGGCUAGUGAUGACCCAUCCCGAGCGAUCCAGACCUUGCAGAUGGAAUUGCAACAAAUCAUGAAAGGUAACUUCAGUGCAUUUAUGCAGAAGGAGAUCUUCGAACAGCCAGAGUCAGUUUUCAAUACGAUGAGAGGCCGGGUGAAUUUUGAGACCAACACAGUCCUCUUGGGUGGCUUGAAGGACCACUUGAAGGAGAUACGGCGAUGCCGACGGCUCAUUGUGAUCGGCUGUGGGACCAGCUACCAUGCCGCCGUGGCUACACGGCAAGUUUUGGAGGAACUGACUGAGCUCCCAGUGAUGGUCGAACUUGCUAGCGAUUUUCUGGACAGGAACACGCCUGUGUUCAGGGACGACGUUUGCUUUUUCAUAAGCCAGUCAGGCGAGACGGCUGACACCCUCCUGGCGCUGCGUUACUGUAAAGACCGGCGGGCACUGACUGUGGGCGUCACCAACACCGUGGGCAGCUCCAUCUCCCGAGAGACUGACUGCGGGGUCCACAUCAACGCGGGACCGGAGAUCGGCGUGGCCAGCACCAAGGCGUAUACCAGCCAAUUCAUCUCCCUGGUUAUGUUCGGUUUGAUGAUGUCCGAAGACCGAAUUUCACUACAAAACAGAAGGAAAGAGAUCAUCCACGGCUUGAGAUCUUUACCUGAGCUGAUCAAGGAAGUGCUGUCGCUGGACGAGAAGAUUCACGACCUGGCCCUGGAGCUCUACACGCAGAGGUCGCUCCUGGUCAUGGGGCGGGGCUACAACUAUGCCACGUGCCUGGAAGGGGCCCUGAAAAUUAAAGAAAUAACCUACAUGCACUCAGAAGGCAUCCUGGCUGGGGAGCUGAAGCAUGGGCCCCUGGCACUGAUUGACAAGCAGAUGCCCAUCAUCAUGGUGAUAAUGAAGGACCCUUGCUUUGCUAAAUGCCAGAACGCCCUGCAGCAGAUCACAGCCCGCCAGGGUCGCCCAAUUAUACUGUGCUCCAAGGACGACACUGAAAGCUCCAAGUUUGCGUAUAAAACAAUCGAGCUGCCCCACACAGUGGACUGCCUGCAGGGCAUCCUGAGUGUGAUUCCACUACAGCUCCUCUCCUUUCACCUGGCAGUGCUCCGAGGAUACGACGUUGACUUCCCCAGAAAUCUGGCCAAGUCUGUAACUGUGGAAUGAGAACAACAGCUUGAAGAGGCCAUGACCACCUGCAAUGUGGUUCAAGACCGGUCCCAGCGAUGCCAAGCAGGAAGAUCAGCCUGCAUUCUGCGUGUUCCGAGUAGAUCCCAGUAGCGCUUGACAGCUUUGAUGUGCCUUUGUACCCAAGUGCUUUGCUUACAGCAGAUACUGUUUCUCUGUGUCCUGAAGUUGCCAGAGGAGAAGGGAAUCAUUGUUUACACAUGGGGAUCAGAGCGGACUUUUCCACUACUGUGCAAUAGAGAUACAGCUCUUUUCAGAGUUACUGUGAACCUUUUUUAACCAACACUAGUUAGUUUUGAGAAAUGAAAUAUUUAUAAUGAUGAUUGUAUAGCUUCUAAGUUAUUUUUCUAGUAUGUGGCUUUCUGUAGCCAAGGUAACACCCAGACUGUGCACCCCGGCUACCUGGUGCCUCCAGGCUCCCAGAGGUGGCAUUUAUCUCAGCACAAGGCCUUGCCCCUCUGGACUCCUUCUCCUUUCCUGCCCUCUUUUGGCUGCUCCUGAAUCCUCUCCCGACACCAGGGAAGCCCCCUCACCAUCUCUUAUGCUGUCUCAGUCCCGUCGAAAUCUCAGCAUCCUUCCACAGUUUCUUGUCUAAAUCCCUCCAACUCUCCAACUUGUGUUUAAUCUGAUCAUGAUCCUUUUUAAGCCCAGCCAGCAUUUUGGUCCCUACUGUUGCCCAUUGCAAACAGCUGGAAACAUCUCACGCAAAGUAGUUUGAAGCAGGCUACAUUGCCCUCUAUGAAGAGCGUGCGCCAUCAGGUACUAUGCAAUUUUAAGACAAUAAAGACAGUACACUUUU